UAAUAAAUAUUCUCUUUAUGCAUGAUUAGAGAAUUUUCCUUAAUACAUGCAAUAUUUAUUAUUACUAAUACAGAACAGAACAGUGAUUCUUCUGUAAAGGAGACGAUCCACGAAUGAUUAUAGUUUUUGAAAAUUAAUAUAUAUAUAUAUAUAUAUAUAUAUAUAUAUAUAUAUACUUUUUGUAUGUGUGUGUUUGUGUUUGUCUCUGUGGAAAGGAAGAAUUUGUUGGGAGGGAGUUUAGAUUUUCAAUGUUUUGGACCGAACACGCAAACAUUGUUUUGAAACGAAAAGAAAAGAAAAGAAAAAGAGAGACAGGGAGAUGAAAAAGAUUCAGUGAUUCACGAGGGCGCGCCAACCAGAAGCCCUAAAGUUGCGGUGGCCUUCUAUCUCUCGCUCUCUGCUUCACUGCUUCAUUUCAGGGAGGGAGUUCCAGGUGGGUUUGGCGAGUGUGAUGUGCCUGCUUCUGCUUUCAUCAACUUGAGAAUCUUCGAACGAGAAUGAAAAUGUGAGCCUGGCUUGCUUGGGAAAAGGAAAACUGUAAAUGAGGGUUCAUCCGUCGCUUUCUCUGCUUCUCGAAUCACACUUUUGAGCAUCACCCAUCAUUUCGAAUAUCGAAUCAUUCGUUCCUGUAUUAUCCUUAAAAGGGAGAAAAUGUCGUCAGAAGUGCGGGGCUGUAUCGGUGGCGGCGGCGGCGGUGGAGGGCUUGAUCCCAGCAAGCUUCAUCUGAAAAAAGAGCUCAACCAAAUCCGAAAGGCUGCUCGUGUUCUUCGAGAUCCCGGGACGACUUCUACUUGGAGGUCUCCUCUCACUUCCUCUUCUAGAUCUGUUGUUGCUGCUGCUGCCGCUGCUGUCCCUUCUUCUUCUUCCUCUGCUUGGAAACAGGGCGAGACUGAGAGCGCCCGACGACACAGUAAUGGGAAAACGCAGCAGCCUUCGCUUCGAAUCGACGGCAUUAGUAAUGUUACCAACAAAGAGAAGAGGGUGUUUCUCCACAAUUGGAGGAAUGGUUACAAAUCGUCCAGCGAUAGAAGCGCAAUGGCGGCUUCUGACAUCGAUGUUCCGGGCCGUAAUGACGACGCCGACGAUGGAUCUUCAGCUCCGGGGAGCCUGGAAGACAGCUUGAUCGAUGCUCUUAACGGAGGAGGAGAUUCAAAGAGCGAUACCUGUGUGGGGGACCGCCAUCAAUCCCUCGCUUUCAGAUGCAGAGACGCUAAUGUUGUCUCCUUGGGCACGCACUCCAUCAGGCGAACAACCAACACUAAGAAGAAACCCAAGAAGGGCCUCACUUCUUCCCCAAUGCUGAAACAAAAACAACAGAGAAAGCAACAGCAAAAACAGAUAGUUCACUCCUUGCAUUCGAGAAUGCUGCCAUUAGGUUCGAGCCGAGACGAAACCGCCAGUUUGAUUGAUCAAUCAGACGACACAGAAGAGUACUGCAAUUCUGAAGAUUUGCGGCGAAUAUCGGCAGCUUCUCCCUUGCUUUUGAAGCUCGGGAACAAAAAUUGGUCUCAUCCGUCCUCUAAAUUCCUGAGUAACCGCCGAAAAGAAGACUCGUCUUAUUCCUACAGCACCCCGGCAUUGUCAACCAGUUCUUAUAAUCAAUAUGGUAAUCGCAAUCCCAGCACUGUUGGGUCUUGGGAUGGUACUACAGCCUCAUUCAACGACGGGGAUGACGAGGUGGAUGAUCAUUUGGAUUUGCCCGGGCGCCAGGGCUGCGGAAUCCCUUGCUACUGGUCAAAGAGGACGCCCAAACAUAGAGGGCCAUGUAGAAGUUGUUACUCUCCGUCGUUCUCGGAUACUCUGAGGAGAAAAGGAAGUCGUAUCUUCUGUGGAAGCCAAAAUAUGUACCAUAGACGCCGUCGUUCCUUGUCUAACAACCGGAGAAUUGCUUCAAGGACUGCCCAGGGUGUUCUCCCGCUGCUGACCAAUAAUGCAGACGGCGGAGGAGGUUCGUCUAUGGGAAGUGGGCAUAGCGAUGAUGAGCUCUCGACGAACUUUGGGGAGCUUGAUUUGGAGGCUUUGAGUCGGUUGGAUGGGAGAAGGUGGUCGUCGAGCUGCAGAAGUCAAGAUGCAUUGGAGCUACAAGGUGGAGGAGGGGAAGAGGAAGGUACCCCGGAAAAUAUUAGGAGCUUGAGCCAGAAAUAUAGGCCCGUGUUCUUUGAUGAAUUAAUUGGGCAGAAUAUUGUGGUCCAAUCACUUAUGAAUGCUAUUUCAAGGGGAAGAAUUGCACCAGUUUAUCUUUUCCAGGGCCCCCGUGGGACUGGAAAAACUUCGACAGCUCGGAUAUUUGCAGCCGCUUUGAAUUGUCUGGCUACUGAAGAAACUAAGCCAUGUGGAGAAUGCAGGGAAUGCACUGAUUUUAUUUCUGGGAAGAGCAGGGAUCUUAAGGAAGUUGAUGGCACCAAUAAGAAGGCUAUUGAUCGGAUCAAGUGCCUCUUGAAAAACCUGUCUGUGGGGCCUCAAUCGGCCUUCUCACGAUACAAAGUUUUUGUUAUUGAUGAGUGUCAUUUGUUACCCUCUAAGACAUGGCUAGCAUUUCUCAAGUUUCUUGAAGAACCGCCGCCGAGAGUUGUGUUCAUUUUCAUAACAACUGAUCUUGACAGUGUGCCGCGCCCUAUACUCUCUCGGUGUCAAAAAUAUCUCUUUAACAAGAUCAAAGAUUGUGAUGUUGUAGCCAGGUUGAGGAAAAUUUCUGCCGAAGAGAAUCUGGACGUUGAGUUUGAUGCACUGGAUUUGAUUGCUUUGAAUGCAGAUGGUUCACUUCGAGAUGCAGAAACUAUGCUAGAUCAAUUGAGUUUGCUAGGAAAAAGAAUUACUACAUCUCUGGUGAACGAACUUGUAGGAGUUGUUUCAGAUGACAAAUUACUGGAACUUCUCGAGUUGGCCUUGUCAUCAGACACUGCAGAAACAGUGAAAAGAGCCAGGGAGUUGAUGGACUCUGGGGUUGAUCCAAUGGUAUUGAUGUCUCAAAUGGCCAGCCUCAUUAUGGAUCUCAUUGCUGGAACUUACCGCAUUGUUGAUAUGAAAUACAGUGACUCAUUUGUUGGAGGGCGAAGUUUGACUGAAACAGAAUUGGAGAGACUUAAAAAUGCUUUGAGGCUUCUAUCAGAGGCUGAGAAACAGCUGAGAGUUUCAAGUGAACGUUCUACAUGGUUCACAGCAAUGCUGCUACAGCUAGGAUCAGUCCCUUCAUCAGACUUCACUCAGUCUAGUAGCAGUAGGAGGCAGAGCUCUAAGACAACAGACGAUGAUCCAUCAAGUGCUUCUAGAGAAGCUGCUGCACAGAAGCAGAAGGCUGAUUCUCAAUGCAUGCCUCGGAAAUCAACUUCUUCUUCAUUGUCUCUACCAUAUCAUGGGAAUUAUACCCAUCAAGGGGAUUUAUUGUCACCAGCUGAUAAUUUCAGUUUCAAUUCCAGGCCGACGCACAGCCCAUUGGUUAAUGGCAGUGCUUCAGCUGCAUCAUAUGAUGAUUUUAUGGUUGGGAAUAUGAUAUUUAGAUGCAUAAACUCGGAAAAGUUGGUUGAUAUUUGGGGAAGAUGUAUUGAAAGGUGUCAUUCAAAGACCCUGAGGCAGCUGCUACAUGCACAUGGAAAGCUUGUGUCAAUCUCUGAAGUUGAAGGUAUUCUGGUUGCUUAUAUUGCAUUUAGGGAUGGAGAUAUUAAAUCCCGAGCAGAGAGGUUUCUGAGUAGUAUUACAGAUUCCAUCGAAACUGUUUUAAGAUGCAAUGUAGAGGUUAGGAUUAUCCUAUUGUCAGAUGGUGAGGCUUCUUUGACAGAUUUUCAGUUGCCAGAUAGAUCAGAUCUGAAGCAGAGGGAAUUGUCAACUAAUAGGGAAAGAAAGGAAAUUUGCAGUAAUGCUGGGUAUUCGGAUAUGGAUUUCCAUCAGGAUCCGAUUAAAUUGUCCAAAGGAAGUUUUAGUGAUGCAGCAGAUAAACUGAAAGCAGGAGCACGAGAUCAUUCUAAUUGUUCCCCUUCAUUGGUAGAUGGAACCUUUCAAGCUACCGCUGGAUCGCCCUUGUUGUCAGCUGAAGGGAGGACUGAUAUCAGAGAUAUGAAAGAGAGGAAACAGGAGAUACCAUUGCAGAGAAUAGAAUCUGUGAUUUCUGAGCAAAGGUUAGAAACAGCUUGGCUACAGGCUACAGAAAAAGGGACCCCAGUAUCAAUGGGUCGGUUGAAACCUGAGAAGAAUCAAGUCCUGCCUCAAGAUGGCAUGUGUCGUCAAAAUCAAAUGGAACCCAUGAAUUCAGUGGAUUUGUCAUCUGGGUACUGGGAAGAUGGAUUGAACCAUGACAUAAAAGUUUUGAAGAUUAAUGAUGGAAGGAUCCAGAAGGACCAAAUUGGUAAAAGGGUUGAUCAUUAUCCCAUAUCUCCGAGCUUAUUGCAUGACAGCAGCUUGGCGGGCAAUUUCAGCAAAGACAAUCUGGGAUACGAAUCUGGUUCAGGAACUGGAGGUUGCAGUGGGCUGUUCUGUUGGAAUAACACCAAACAUCAUAGAAAGGCAAAGGUUAACCAAGGUGCCACUGUUGAAUCACACAAAGCUGGGCGAUUUUUAUGGUUCGGGGAGUGUGGGAUAUCAAAGAAAACUGAAAAUAGAUUCAGAAAAUAAAGAGGAAAACCCAGGUGGUUGGAGUGUCUAAUUAGCUUUUAAGUGCCUUCAUGAUUUUUCUUCAUUUAGUUUUUUGCACCUUCGAAAUUCUGCAAGGAGAUGAUAUAGAGAGGGGUGUUGUAAAGAAAUUUUGGUGGGGCUUAGGGCUUCUGCAUUUUGUUUAAGAUCCAGAAAAUUUUGAUGGGAUCCCUGAUGUAAACAAGGGACAGUGAGAGGUUAUAUUAUCUGUAUCUUCCUUUUUCUCCCCAUUCAAAGUGGACUCGAGAGUAAAGCCUGUUUUGAUGAUUAUGAAGCCCUUGUUUGAUCGGGAAGAAAAUAAAAAUGAGAAUUACAUGGGGGAGUGAAAGGAAUGGAAUUGAAAUGCACAUGAAUUGAAGGCCUGCCUGUUACAAGGUUAUCUCUUACCAUGCAUUGUUUCGUAUCUUUUGGCAUGUAAUUUCCAUUUGAUGCUGCUGUAAGGGCACGUCAUAAUAGGAGAGGUCCACACGGGAAGUAAAAGUUGAGUGGGGUUCUCAUCUCCCUUUUGGGAAAAAGAUGUGUUUCCUUGAGAUUCUGAAAUGAUUAAAGAGCAUGUGUAGUAGUAACUCGGUAGAUCAGCUCAGCCUUGACUAAAGGCGGAAGCUAAAACGACGGUCUGAUAGAUUUUUUCCAUGCUGGUUGGGUUGGAAUGUUUGCUGGAUUAGAUGCAGAAGUGCGCGUGGAAGAAAUUUUGCUCCCAUUAAUCAUUAAUCAAUGCCUUUUAAUAUUCUUCUUUGUCUGCAGACUCCAUCAAAAACACUCAAAAUCUUCUCAGAUUUUUCAGUGGGUAUUAAGAAUUUUGCUUGGGAAGGGAGAGGAAAAAAAAAAUGAGUAAAUUUAUUUUCCCCCGUAUUUUUUUGCAGUAACUUUUUGCAUUUUUAAGCAUAUAAUAUCCACAAUGUUUUGU